AUGGCAUGCGCCCCGCGGUACGACACGCGCGUGGCCAGCUACAAGGCCCCGAGCUACGUUGACAGCACGUCGCUACGCUCUUCGGUACGAGCGAACGUCCCGCACUCUACGGAAACAAUGGCCACCGUACGCGAGGAAGUCGCUGCAAGCGACGUCGAGGAAGUCCCGUUCGCGCCAGAGCUCGACUUCUGGGAUCCAACGACGUCCCGCGAGCUAAAGGACGUCGGAACGCCGUCGGUCCAGUGCCUGCAAAAGGUCAGGCGCGACGUCUUAGACAUCUUCGCGCAACCCGUGCCCGGAGUCGUCAUCGCACCGGAUGAGAAGGACGUCACCCGGAUACACGGCCUCCUGCUGGGUCCACCGUGUACGCCUUACGAAGGCGGGUUCUUCCGGUUUGUCCUGAAGUGCCCACCGGACUUUCCGGUCCAGCCACCUCGCGUCAAACUUCUGACCACCGACGGCGGACGAGUCCGGUUCGCGCCAAACCUCAACGAAGACGGCAUGAUCUGCCUGUCUCUCCUGGGGACGUGGCCAGGACCCGCGUGGAACUCGUCCGUGCACAGCCUGAGGACGGUGCUCAUCGCCAUCCAGUCGCUCAUGACGGACGAGCCGUACCACAACGUGCCGGCUCUGGUCAGGGGCAGACCGGACGAGGCCGGCGCCUACAACGACUUCUUGGUCCACGAGACCCUCAGAGUGGCCGUGUGCGAUGAGGUCGAGGCAGCCUUGGACCUGCACUCGUCCUACUCGCCCGAGAUCAGGAAGGUCGUCCUCAGGACGUUCCCGGAGUUGUACGACACGCACGUCGAGACAGUCCGGCUCCAGAUGGGACGCACGGCUUGCGAAGGGAGCGACCCUUUCGGAGGCCGCACGACGAGGUACGAGUACGACAAGAUCCUGACGAGGCUGCGGUGCUUGUACGACCGUGUGUUGAAGCUCAGCGAGACUGGAUUCUCCGACCUAAAGGUCGAUUGA